GGUCUUUACGACACACUUGACUGGACGAUAGUGGUCUAUCAGUAACCUACUGUGUAGCAUCGGUGCUCUGAUCAAGCAAUUUGCUUCCAAAAGAAGGAGGAUUUUGCAGACUCUUCUAGGAAUAAGGUUCAACUAUACUAAUCUGAUUUUGUUCAGAGAAACAUGUCUUUCUGAAACUUUUCUUAGGUAUUAAGGCAAGAAAUUCCUAAUAAUGGCGGCCUUAAUCGCAAGGUACACGCGCCUUUGCACAGGAGUUUUAAGACGUGAAGGUUGCAACUUGACUGGGUUUUCACGAUGCAGUGAUUCAGUUUUUUCAGGAUGUUCAACGAUUCAAAGCCUGAAAAUGAACACACUUUUCAAAAGACAGUUUUCAUUAGAUGAACUUAGUCAAGAUGAAAUGAUGGAUGAAGACAGACUUUUUUCACUUGUUACUUUGGUUGUAAAAGGGAGUGAUGAAGCAGUUCUGGAUAGCUAUACUCAAUUUGUCACUAGAGCAGCAAAAAUUCUGAAUCUUGAUAUUUCAAGAAGGACAAUAUUAGAGACUCAUUUUGAGAAAAGAACUUUACUAAAAUCGCCACAUAUUUACAAGAAACACCAAGCUCAAUAUGAGGUCAGAACCCACGGAAGGAUGGUUCAGUUGCAAAAACUAACUGGCGACACUGCAGACAUUUUUCUUGAGUAUAUACAGAGAAAUUUGCCCGAAGGUGUCAGCAUGAACGUUGAGCAGACGGAGGUUCUAGAUGUCCCCGAGUACAUAAGGCCUCCGGUCCAAAUAAUUCACGAAAGAAUAGAAAAGUCGAAAUAAAGAAAAUGCCUGUGCAUUAUCAAUGGUAACAUCUUUGUUAAGUUUUUCCUUCGCAAGUAAAUUGUGUUCUCAGCACGUGUGCACAAAAGCUGUAAUGUUCUCUAAUUUGCUACUGGGAGAAAAGAUUAUGUUGACUUAAUUUUGAUCUUAUUGAUCAGAACGUCUUUCCCAUUGCCCGUAAUUCCCUAUGAAAAUAUGUUAUCAAAGUUUCGUAUGACAAUUUAUAUUGCGUAUAGUAUUUUAUGUCAAAUUUCUAAGAAUUCAGUCAGAUAAGUGUUGGCUUCGGAAUUUUGGCGUUGACUUAAUCCUUUUGGCUGUCAGUAACUGUCUCCUUUGAUACCUUAGUAGACUCACUUUUCUUCUGCCUUAUUUCAAUCUUGUCAUUUGUAAGUUCGUGUAUUUCCCAACAGUGAAUAAGUAACAUUUGAAAAUGACACUCAUCCCUCGCCUUAAUUAGUUAACAAGACUGUUCAUGUGACUCGGUUUUUAUGAAGUGAAUUUAUUGAAUACCGUAAAUCAUCCAGGUGUAUUGAUGUGAUUUUUCAAAGUUGCUGGAUUAUUCUCUUUAAGAGCUUACAAACAUUGGCUUAACAAUCGGACUUCUUAUGCCAAUUAAAAGUAUACACAGCUUAAAGUGAUUGUUUGAGGUGCUCAUCUGUAAGGAUAUGUCCUUCAAUGACUUUCUCACGGAUAACUGCUAACUUACUUCCUCCAAAUGAUCCGUCCGUAAUUCACGGCUUAGAAGUCCCUUUAAACUGUGAAAAUCAUCUUCCUGAAUUAAGGCAGGUGGGAUAGGAGACCCUGCCGCUUAUCCAUGCAUCCUGUAUAUCGCUUUCUUCGGCUUCUUUUUCGCCCGACAAAGCUUAGGCCGCUCCUUGGGCAGCCCACCCAUCACAGUCCGCUUAUUGGGUCUGUUUUACGUUACUUUACCAUUUACACACAUCGCCUAUUCCCUUAACUUAUGUUGCCCACAGAUCUGCUUAUUUUCUGGUAAAUUUCUGGUUGAAAUCUUUAAUUAAUCUUUUUGUGUCGAAAUCUGAUGAAGUUCAACUAAGUUUUCUGAUCAUUUGAUAAGUCUGAUAUUAAAUUGUAAUGAAAUCAUUGAUGUAGUACUAUGCCUCACUUUCCAUAUCACAAUCCAGUAAUUAUCAUCGAUUUUCUGCCUUGAACCAGUAAACAAUGUAGCGAUCAAUUAUUUGCUCAAUCGUGUAUUUUAUCCCAUAUGGUUCACGAAUUACCUCAAUUCGUAAAUUGCAUCAAAAUCUAAAGAUUAAAUUGCAUAAACUUGCCUAUCUCAUCGUAGUUAAAUUAGUGGGAGUGUAUCCGAUUAAGUGUUUUACCCCUAGUGCAAUUCGGGUAAUUUUAUUGGCUUUAUCGCUUAAAUUGCGUUACUCGUAACUGUAACUGCAUUUAGAAAUUGUUUUAAAAUGAUUUAUGUUAAGACUAUCAUUCAAUUUCCAAUACUUUCAUCGCACUAAGGGGUUAUUGUGUACUGGCUGUUUGCGUCAAAUUUCUGUUGACGUACUAUACCCUUCUACAGUAAACAACUUAGCUUCAUAACUUGCAAAUGGCCUUGCUACACUGAUAUUUGGCUUAUUGCACCUAUUUCAAAGAUAAUGAAUAGCUAGUUAUUUCUCGAUAUUCCAGAUUGUUUUAAACGACAUCACAACGUCGCUUAGAAAUUAACUUCAUUUUCUCCCCGACGCCUGUAAGGUUGCGCAAACCUGAGCUCAUAACAGGUCGCGUCUUUUAGGUAUUAGGGAAAAAUUAAGAACAGGAAGAAAGUUUAUUCAUAAUGUAAAAGAAAGUUUUUAAAUAAUGCCACAAUGUAGCAAAGUUAUAUAAACAAGUGUCUUUAUUUCACUUUGCAUAGAAUGCGUUAGCUAUGGCCUCACUUAAUUAGUGGUUGUGUUUUUGUUUUAGUUUUUUGCAAUUUGAGUAGAAUUUUAGAUGCUAGAGCUGCUUUUUGCUUAUAGUGCAUUUCAAGCACUUAAAAAACAUGAUUCAUUUUCCUAGUUUAUAAAUCAGUUUGAUACUAUUAUUUCUGAAGAUGGUAUAAAUAAAUUUUAAAAACGACAGUGUAACUUAGA